ACCUCAGCCCACCGCCAAACUUCCCUGCUGCUCUCGGUCCUAGUACGUACUUCCGUCGCUCUGACGCUCCCAGAAACCCGGGGAUCGGGAAGAAGCGCAAAUUACCCCUCCUUUGAGCCUCAAGAGGGAAAAUCUGGAUCUGGGUUCACCAGAGCACAUCCCAACCGGCGCUGGAGUCUCUCACCGCGCCGCCAGGGGCGCGACGCUCGGCCAGGGUGUGCUGGCGCGUGGGCGGAGGCAUCAGUCACACAUCGGUGAUUCUGGGGAGGGCAGCCUGCCUCCCAAAGGAGUGGUCGCGGCCCCAGGGGCCCCCCGCCAACUCCAGAGCCUUCUCCUCUUGCCUCAAGGGACACCUCCACACCUAUAACCACAGCUGUCACUUGUGCGUGCUGGCAGGAGAGGGGACACAAGGAAGGGUGCUCCCUGGAGUCGUCCAAAAGGAUGCUUUGGUGUCGGAAGCGUCCUCAGGCUGCUUUCCAGCGCGGGCAAAGAAAACAGUCGGGAUAAUGCUCCCAAACUUUCCUUCACAGCAGCGUUGAGAAGCGUCCCUUCUUGCAGCUCGUGGAGAACCCCGAGUCCCGUGUCCAGAGGGGAGAGGGCCAAGCCUGCGCAAGGGAAGUUCUCGGAAGCCCCGGAGGUGGCCUAAGGGGAGAACGCCAAGGCUGGGGAGGUGUCCGCUUCCCAGCACCCCCGCAGUGACUGUGACCUCCGCGCGCCCCCGCGCACGUGCUCGCGGCCUGGGGAGAGGGUCCAGCUGGGCUAGUUGAGCAAGGCGGCGUCGCUCUGGCAGUCCGGGGGCGCAUGGAGACGCCGAGGGGGGCGGUGCGGCUCGCCUGCAGCGCGGGGGAGCGCGCACGCAGUGCCUCGGCCUCCCGGGAGACUCGGCCGGCCUCUCCCCGCACUUCCUGCUGCUGGGCUCCGGGGUGCGUGGGGCGCGGCGGGACAGGUGUAGCCUGCAGCGGCGGGCCACGCGUGUAGGAGGGCUGAGCUCGCUCAGCUAGCUGGAGUUGACUCGCUGCUCUAGGAACUCCGGUGCCUGUCUUGCAGGCAGGGUCGGAGUGUCACUUUGCAAAUCGUGGAGGCCAGCGCCCCGAGCUGUCAGCGCUCCGCCAGGGACAGAACCCUGUUUGUUGACUGUGGCCACAGAGGCUGGGUGCAAAUGCUCGCUACCCACUGCGGGCCGAGCUCUGGCUCCUGGACUUAGGCUGCUCACUGGGCCCGCUACGGCGCCUCCCCCAUGCUGCUUGGGGCGUCCUGGCUGUGCGCGUCCAAGGCGGCGGCCACUACAGCUAGGGGCGAGGGCGACGACAGGCAGGGUGAGCAGCAGCCGGAGGCUCAAGCGAGGACUGAGGAGGAUAUGGACGAGUCAUCGCUGCUGGACUUGCUGGAAUGCUCCGUGUGCCUGGAGCGCCUGGACACCACUGCCAAGGUGUUGCCAUGCCAGCACACCUUCUGCCGACGAUGUCUGGAGAGCAUUGUGUGCUCACGCCACGAGCUACGCUGUCCCGAGUGCCGCAUCCUGGUGGGCUGCGGUGUGGAUGAGCUGCCCGCCAAUAUACUGCUAGUGCGCCUGCUGGAUGGCAUCCGCCAGAGGCCCCGCACGGGCGGCAGCCCCGGGAGCAGCCCUCCCGCGCGCCCGGGCCCUGGUGCGUUCCCAGCGCUUGCAGGCAUCCCUGGAGGUGCAACAAGCAGCCCCCCGCGUUCUCCGGUCUUUCUCCCAGCCGGAGCAGGCAGCUCUACUUCCAGUUUGUGCGACGUGGCGACUAAUAGGAGCAUGCCAGUGGCUAAGAAUCUAUCACAGCUUCCCUAUGGCAAGGCCCUCUACAGCUAUGAGGGGAAAGAACCUGGUGACCUCAAGUUCAACAAAGGAGACAUCAUCAUCCUGCGGCGUAAGGUGGAUGAGAACUGGUACCACGGGGAGCUCCAGGGCACACAUGGCUUCCUCCCAGCCAGCUACAUCCAGUGUGUCAGGCCCUUGCCACAGGCUCUGCCCCAAGGCAAAGCCCUUUAUGAUUUUGAGAUGAAGGACAGAGACCAAGACAAAGAUUGUCUGACCUUCACUAAGGAUGAAAUUUUAACUGUGAUCCGGAGAGUGGAUGAUAACUGGGCAGAAGGCAUGCUGGGAGACAAGAUCGGCAUUUUCCCUCUCCUGUACGUGGAGCUCAACGACUCUGCCAAGCAACUCAUUGAGAUGGACAAGCUGUGCCCUGCCGCCGCCACUGCAUACAACUAUGAUGCUCUCUUGUCCUCCGACCCCGGCACAGUAGCCAGCAUGGCCCCAGGGCCCACCCUAAGUAGCUCCGGGGCAGUCAGUGCCUUUCAACGACGCGUGGACAGCAAGAAGAACGCCAAGAAGCGCCAUUCCUUCACUGCACUCAGUGUGACGCACAAGUCCUCCCAGGCUGCCAGCCACAGGCACUCCAUGGAGAUUAGCGCUCCGGUGCUGAUAAGUUCCAGCGACCCACGCGCUGCAGCCAGGAUUGGGGAGCUCGCCCAUCUGACCUGCACCAUACCCACCCAGGACUGCUCUUCAGCUGGACCUGUCCCCACUGCCACCCCACGAGCUGCCGCGGCAGCUGGCGAACAGAGCGCGUCUCCCAAAGUCCAGCUGCCCCUCAACGUGUACCUGGCGCUCUAUGCGUACAAGCCCCAGAAGAGUGACGAGUUGGAACUGCGCAAGGGGGAAAUGUACCGCGUGCUGGAGAAGUGCCAGGAUGGCUGGUUCAAGGGGGCGUCGCUAAAGACCGGGGUCUCGGGGGUGUUCCCCGGGAACUACGUGACGCCCGUCUCCAGAGUUCCUGGAGGAGGGGCUGGGUCACCCUGGAAUACUGUGCUUGGAGGGUCUCCACUGGCCAAGGGGAUGGCCACCAUUAUGCACCCCGGAGGUGGGAGUCUGAGCAGCCCAGCCACUGCCAACAGGCCUGUUCCGCCUCCCAGCGCACUGCAGGACCAUGUGCAGCACACAGCCACCUCCCUACCUGCAGGCAGCUGCCUUCGGCACCCAGCUCAACCAACAGCCAGCCAAGCCGGGGCCACCACCAUCCCAACAGCUACCCAUCCCUCAGCUCAGGCCCUGGACCGACCAACUGCCACCGUGUCACCCCUGCGCACUCAGACUUCUCCAUCCCGCCUGCCCACCACCAGCCUCCGGCCCCGCACUGCGGUAUCCCCACAGCACAGCCAGCAGCCCCCGACGCAGAUGUGUCUCCGCCCAGCCAUCUCUUUUACAUCAGCAGCAUCAGCUAUCACACCUCCCAACGUGAGCGCUGCCAACCUCGGUGGGGAGGUUGGAGGAACACCCAUUGGCAGCCUGUCCACACCCAGCCCCAUCAGCACAGGGUACAAGCCAGAUGACAAAAAAAAUGAAAAGAAAGAGAAGAAGAGCGGGCUGCUGAAGCUGCUAGCUGGGGCAUCUACCAAGAAGAAGUCACGCUCCCCACCAUCUAUCUCUCCAACCCAUGACCCCCAGUUGGCCAUGGAUACCUCAUUGCAGGGUGCCAUGGGCCCCGAAGUGUCCCCAUUGACCGUCCACGGCAGGGCAGGUUCCUGCCCCAUAGAGAGUGAGAUGCAGGGAGCCAUUGGGUUGGAACCACUGCACAGAAAAGCAGGCUCCUUGGACCUGAAUUUCUCUUUGUCCCCUUCUCGGCAAGCAAGUCUGUCCAUGGCUUCCAUCCGCCCUGAACCUAAGCCGCUGCCCAGAGAGAGGUACCGGGUGGUGGUCUCCUACCCACCACAGAGUGAAGCAGAGAUUGAGCUAAAGGAAGGUGACAUUGUCUUCGUGCACAAGAAACACGAAGAUGGCUGGUUCAAGGGGACGCUGCAGCGGAAUGGUCGCACAGGUCUCUUCCCAGGCAGCUUUGUAGAGAGCUUCUGAGGGCCACUGCUCAUGUCCAGCUCUGCUGUCCAGGAGAGGGUACCCAAGAAGACACUAUGUGAGCACAAAGGCCGCCUUAUCACCUGGGUGCCAGAGCCUUCCUAAAGCACAGGCCAGGAACAACCUGGCUGGGGUGGUGGCUUGGUUGCUAAGGCCAUGUUCUCACAUGAAGCCCUUAUUGAAAGCACACGCAGGUGUCCUCAAGACCAGGCCAUGAAUCUGAGAAAGCAGUAGAACAGAAAAAGUUACCCAUGUGGACAAACGCGUGCAACUGUGUCGCCCAGCAGCUAAAGCAGUGCUAGCUCUCUGCACAAAGCUGGGA